UGCGGAGUUGUAGUUUUGUCUGCUGUGGAUAAAUUCCUUCAGCCUAAUUAUUUAUUUGAUCAAAACAUACAGGUUGUUUUUCGGUCGAUCGAAGCUGUAAAACAAGAGAAUCGUUUAUAAAGCCGACUCCUAAAGUGCCCAGCUGGGGCUACCUCUUCUCAUCAGAGCCUUCAGACGGACCACUGAUAUAUUAUAGAUAUCAUAAAGGAAUUCCUCAACAGUGAAAAAUGGAAUUUGUUGAAUUCAUCAACACACCAACUGUUGACAAUGUGGUUCUUCACAAACCAUUUGAGUUGUCUUUAGAAGGUACCCUCUGUGUAACUGGACAUCAUCUUAUUCUUUCUUCAAGACAAGAAUCCAAAAGUGAACUGUGGUUACUUCAUCGCAGUAUUGACAGCGUUGAGAAGAAACUCUCUGGUGCUGGUGGUACUUUAACAAUUCGCUGCAAAGACUUUUCUAUCAUCCAACUGGAAAUUCCUUUGGCUGAAGAAUGCAUCAACAUUGCUAGUUCAGUGGAACAACUGUCAAAUAUAGAUGAUGUUGCCCUUAUGUAUCCUUUCUUCUACCGGCCCUUGUUUGAUGUCCUGGAAGAUGGUUGGCAAGCUUUCCUCCCUCAAGAGGAAUUUAACCGUUUCAAAGAAUGUUCUGAUGAAUGGCGCCUUAGCUACAUAAACAAAGAUUACGAGGUGUGUCCUUCAUACCCUCACCUUGUUAUCGUUCCAAAAUCUAUUGACGACAUCACACUUGUUCGUGUGGCGGGCUUCAGACAACAUGGACGUUUCCCUGUCCUCUGCUAUUAUCACAAGGAUACAAAGGCCGUGAUGAUGCGAAGUAGCCAGCCCCUUACCGGAACAAACGGACGCAGAUGCAAAGACGAUGAAAGACUCGUCAAUGCAGUUCUAGGGAUUGGUCGCCGUGGUUACAUCCUUGAUACCCGAUCUCAGGGUCAUGCUAAAGCAGCUCAAGCAAAAGGUGGUGGAUUUGAACCUGAAGCUCAUUAUAGCCAAUGGAGAAGAAUCAAUCAAGCCAUUGACAGAAAACAUGCCCUCCAUGACUCCAUCAUCAAAUUGAUUGAAGCUUGUAAUGAUACAAGUACCUCCACAGACAAAUGGCUGUCCAAAUUAGAUUCCAGCGGUUGGCUGAGCAACGUUAAAGAUGUCAUCAAUGCUGCUUGUAUGGUGGCCCAGUUUAUCGAUAAAGAAGCUGCCUCUGUUUUGGUGCAUGGCUCAGACGGUUUGGACACCACUCUGCAGGUCACUUCGUUGGCUCAACUACUACUGGACCAUGACUGUCGUACAGUGAGAGGGUUUGAGGCCCUUGUUGAACGAGAAUGGUUGCAAGCUGGUCACCCAUUUCAGGAAAGAUGUGCCAAGUCUGCUUUCGCUAUGACAAAACAACACAAAGAAGCGCCUGUAUUUCUGCUUUUCUUGGAUUGUGUCUGGCAGAUAUGGCAGCAAUUUCCAUGCUCUUUUGAAUUCAAUGAAGAUUUCCUUCUGCUGUUAUUUCAGCAUGCUUAUGCUUCACAGUUCGGGACAUUCUUGUGCAAUAAUGAGUUUGAAAGGAAGAACCAUGAACUUGUAACAAAAACUGUAUCAUUAUGGUCCUAUGUCAACCGACCUGAAGUUAUCCAGACAUACAUGAAUCCUAUGUACGAACCAAACCAAGGUGCACUUUGGCCAUCUGUUGCUCCACAAAGUUUGCAACUAUGGACUGCUCUGUACUGUAGUUCCAUCAUUGACAAUGGACCAAGAAUCGAAGGAUGGGAUGAAAUGGCUCAUAUUCAAGAAUCUGACAAAGAACUACGCUCCAGAGUCAACCGACUGCGAAGACAAGUCGAAUGUUUACUCCGCCAAGACUCAAAACAUAACAAAGGUUCAACUCCUGCAUUUGCUAACGAUGUCAUAACAAACCAAGGGUCACAAUGAAGAGAGAAACAUAAAUUAAGUACCAAAAAAAAAACCCCCAAAAAAAACAAUGAAACAAGAAAAAAAA